AAAAAAGAAAUAUUUCCUUAUUUUUUGUUUUUUGUUUGUUUAUUUUACCAGGGUAAACUUGCCUCCUAGAAAGAAUUCACCAUCAUUACAAUUACUGGGUGUGUUUACAAAGUCAGAGGUUAUACGAGGGCCACACUGGAAUUACACUGGGACUGAUGGUGAUUCUGGUAAAGGUAUUGUCAUGGCAUUUGUUGAGGAUAAAGAUGGCCUUGCAAAUGCCUAUGUACGUGUCAAGUGGGAGAUAGGCCAUGAUGUGAAGGAGUACAGGUUCGGGGUUGGAGGUUUUGUAGACGUUGUUGCAUCGAGGGUCAGCAAAGGCGGCAAGGUUUAUGUAGAUCAUAUGCCUGUCAUAGGUAUUAUCAAGGUCAAACCUGGAGACAAGGUGUCAGUCAACAUGAGUUUGAAAGAAUUCCAAGAUGCCCAGAAAAAUGGAAAUAUACCUGGAGGUUGGAAAGAUGAAAUGAAACAGUGUGUGAACGAGCUCGGCACAGUGGUGGAGCUUCUGUUUGGAGGUGACAUGGCUCGUGUACAGUACCCUGAUGGCAACUUUCAUAUUAUUUCCAAAGCAGCAUUGUAUCGGGUAAAUAUGCCUAAAGAAAUAUUGAUUUUUAUUGAAAACAGCAUGAUGUGUAAAUAAAAUGUGCUCUGGAUUUU